CAUGGAGUCAAAGAGGGAAAGGCCCGAGAGGCACCCUAAGAAGGGCAGGAAGAGAAAGCGAGCUCCCAACAGGCUGGUCGGGGCCGCGGAGGCGAUGAGGGCCGGUUGGGAUCUGGAGGAGAGGCAGCCUGACACCAAGAAAGCUCGGUUAUCUACCAUUUUAUAUGCUGAAAACUAUGAAGUAACCCACAGCCAGCUAUGUGAAUUGCUGAAGUAUGCAGUUCUGGGCAACUCCGCUGUUUCUAAACCCAGCUGGUGCCAGCUCUAUCACCAAAAACACUUGAACAACGUGGUGGUUUUUGUUCUACAGGGAAUGAGUCAGCUGCACUUUUACAGAUUCUAUUUGGAAUUUGGAGUUCUUCGAAGGGCAUUCAGACAUAAAUUCCGCUUGCCUCCUCCAUCAUCCAAUUUUCUAGCUGAUAUCACUGGACUGCCAAAGAAACAAACAAAUGAGGCUCUUCCCAGGACGAUAGAAGGGUCUUCACUUUCUGCCAGUAUAAAAGCCAACAUCAACCUGCAGAAUGACCCCAUCAUUCAGAAGUUUGGCUUUAAGAGAGUGGGUUUGGUUAGAUGCCUUCUGACAAAGGAGGAAAUGAAAACAUUUCACUUUCCAUUACAAGGGUUUUCUGGCUACGAAAGCUUUGUCCCUACUAAAUGUAGUGGUACUGUAACGGACAACAGCCCUCUCUUUGGACUGGAUUGUGAAAUGUGCCUCACGUCCAAGGGGAGAGAGUUGACACGCAUCUCACUGGUUGCUGAAGGAGGCUGCUGCAUUAUGGAUGAGCUGGUUAAACCUGACAACAGGAUUGUGGACUACCUCACCAGUUUCUCGGGAAUCACCAAGAAGAUUCUUAAUCCAGUGACGACCAAACUCAGAGAUGUACAGAGACAGUUGAAGGCAUUGCUUCCUCCUGAUGCUGUGGUAGUGGGCCACUCUUUAGAUCUGGACCUCAGAGUACUGAAAAUGAUACAUCCAAAUGUCAUUGAUACAUCAUUACUCUAUGUCAGAGAGCAGGGCAGAAGAUUUAAGCUGAAGUUUUUAGCCAAAGCUGUUUUGGGGAAAGAUAUACAGCGUCCAGACAGGAUUGGUCAUGAUGCCACAGAAGAUGCUAGGACAACCCUUGAAUUGGCUCGAUAUUUUCUUAAAUAUGGCCCAAAGAAGAUUGCAGGACUAAAUCUGGAGGCACUUGCUAGUCACCAGGAAUUGCAAACAGCAGGCCAAGAGCAAAAAAAUACAACAGAAGUUGGUCAACAGCGAAACACAAGUGUUUUAGAAUGCUUGGACUCAUUGGGUCAGAAACUCCUUUUCUUGACCCGGGAGACAGAUGCUAGUGAACUUUCUUCUUCCAGAAACUGUCGAAGUAUUAAGUGCCUUUCAAAUAAAGAGGUUCUAGAACAGGCCAGAGUGGAAAUCCCCCUGUUUCCCUUCAGCAUUGUCCAGUUCUCUUUUGAGCCAUUUUCCCCCAGCCUCACUGAGGAGAUGAACAAAAGGAUGAGGGUCAAGUGGUCAGAGAUGUCAACUGUCUAUGUUGGACCAUUUAACAAAAAUUGCAACCUUAAGGCUCUGAAGAGGGUGUUUAAGAGCUUUGGCCCAGUUAGAUCAAUGACUCUUGUUCUUGAAACUCACCAGCCUCAUCUCUGUGUCCAGUAUGAAGUCCUGGAAGCUGCCCAGCUGGCCAUAGAGACCUUGAAUGGUGCUCUGAUAGAAGGUAUCUCUAUCAAGGUGCAGAGGCCUGUAACAGAGCUCACCCUCGACUGUGAGACCCUUGUGAAUGAACUGGAACAAGAUUCUGAGAACGAAGGAACUAUUUACCUGUCUGGAGUCAGUGAAACCUUCAAAGAACACCUAUUACAGCAGUCCAACCUUUUCCUUGGCCUGGAAGCUGUGAUCUUGCCUAAAGACCUUAAGAGCGGAAACCACAAGAAAUACUGUUUCCUAAAAUUCAGAACUUUGGACAGUGCCCAGAGGGCCCUCGACAUUCUCACAGACGAGGACUGGAAACUGAAAGGCAGACAUGCACUGACCCCCAGGCACCUCCACUCCUGGCUCAGGGGCUUGCCUCCUGAGUCCAGAAGACCUCCAGGACUUCGUGUCUUACCUCCACCCUCAGAGAAGCAAGCCUUACAGGUCUUGAAGGUGGACCACCCCAAGAUAGCAGCCUGGCGCUGGGGACGCAAGAUUGGGAAGCUCUACCACAGCCUAUGCCCGGGCACGCUCUGCCUCAUCCUACUGCCAGGAACUGAGAGCUCUCAUGGAUCGCUCUCUGGCCUAGGGCUGAUGGGAAUCAAAGAUGAAGAGGAAAGUACUGCCGCCGCCGUGUCUUUGUGA